GGACAAGCCUUCGAUUGAGUCGCAUUGUCUCGGCGGCAUUGCAAAAAUGAAGAUACUUUUAUUUUGCUUUCUUUUUGCAACGAUUACAAUCAGCUCAGUUGCUGCAGAAAAUCAGCUGCCCUGCGAUUUGCGCGAAACGAAACAUGGAAGCGUUUGCGUUUGCAACAAAAAUUAUUGCGAUUACCUGGAACAACCCGAGCUCACUGAUAACAACCAGAUUGUGGUGAUUAGCUCCAGCAAGGAUGGCUUACGUUUCAAGAAGACAACUGGAGACCUCUCAUCGAAAAAUCCCAUAACAGUGGAGGACAAACAGUUUACUGAUGAGAACUUUAAGGCCGAAACAAUUGUGGUGGAUCAAGAACGGGCCUGGUUGCAGUUGGCUAACAUUUCUCAACGCUUAUUUAUCAACGCCAGUAUUAAAACAUAUCGGAUUUCCGUGAGACGAGAGCAGAAAUUCCAGAAUGUCUCCAUUUUUGGAGGUGCUUUUACAGGAACAGUUUCACAUUUACUUAAACAAUUGCCACAAGAACUGCAGGAUCAUGUCUAUAAAUCCUAUUUUCACCCAGAUGGAAUUGCCUACAAUUCGGUUCGAAUGUCAAUUGGCGGUUCUGAUUUUGAUAUGGAACCCUGGGCUUACAAUGAGUUACCUCGAAAUGAUCUGAGAUUAAGUAACUUUACGGAACUCGAUCCGCGGGAUCUGCAGAAAAUCGAGCAGCUGAAGCGUCUGAAGAUCGUGGGACAACUAGAGGAACUGAAGAUCAUGGGAGCUGCGUGGAGUGCACCACUUUGGAUGAAGAGCAACGAUCGCUGGACGGGAUUCGGGCAACUAAAAUCGGAAUACUAUCAAACCUGGGCGCUCUACCAUCUCAAAUUUCUCGAACUGAUGCGUUCUAAAAAUAUGCCGAUUUGGGCCAUAUCCACCGGCAAUGAGCCGCUAAACGGCGUCAUCGGCUUCUUCUUUGUGCACUUCAUGAGCAUGGGCUGGACGCCCUGGCAGCAGGCUAUUUGGCUGAACGACAAUCUCGGACCGACGAUCAGGAACUCGACGGAGAGCAAGGUGCUCAUCUUUGGCAACGAUGACCAGCGGUACACCUAUCCAUCGUGGUUCAGGAAGAUGCGCUCCUCCCGCACCAAUUCGGUGUCCUUUCUGGAUGGCCUGGCUGUCCAUUGGUACUGGGAUGAGCUGGUUGGGCCGCAGUUGAUCGACCAGGCCCACUCGGAUAUGCCGAAGAAGAUGCUGCUGAACACGGAGUCCUGCAUCGGAGACAAGCCCUGGCAAACCCAUGGCCCAGAGCUGGGAAGUUGGCAGCGGGGAGAGAGCUACAUGAGGGCUUAUACCCAGGACUUUGGCCACCAUUUCAAUGGCUGGCUGGAUUGGAAUCUCGUGCUAGACGAACAGGGUGGACCCAACUACGUGAACAACUUCGUGGAUGCUCCGAUCAUUGUGAACGCCACCAGUCGGAGUGAGAUAUAUAAACAGCCGAUCUUCUAUGCCAUAGGGCACUUCUCCAAGUUUCUGCCAGAGCAAUCGGUGCGAAUCGAGACGCGAAUCUUGAAUGAGGGCAGUCCCUUCACCCAGCUGAGUGUCGUCGGCUUCCAGAGACCGGACGGCAGUGUGGCGCUGAUCAUCUACAAUGGCCAAAACCUGCCGGUGGAUGUGGCCCUCGAUGAUAGUCGCCGAGGAGCAAUAAACCUCCGGUUGCCUCCACGAUCCUGGCACACGGUGCUCUACAAGUGAGCCCUGUGAAUCCGAUCCCCCUUCCCUGAACCCAAACUAUAUAGUAACUUAAGAUAGGAGUGCUAGAGGAGUGGGGCAGGCAGUCCACUUCAGCUGCCGCUGCCCAGAGGACCAAUUGAGGCUCAAGUGACAACAACGGAAGCCAAUAAAUUGCCGCUUAACAGGAUGAGCAGGAUAAUGCGAGGAUGUAAUGCCAGGAGCACCAGAAACACCAGAAAAACACGGAGACAGCGGAAAUUUGUUUAAGCCGAUCAAUUUGCCGGAACGCGUCGUCUGUUUACAAUGAAAUUUCAUUUGCCGUUUAAUUUCCAUUUUCCUCAGUAAAACGGGGGGAACGGCAAAGUACAAACGUCUACGCUUCAUAUGUAUAUAGUAUACUAUAUAGGAACAUAGCUCGGAUCAAGUUGAGUGACAACUGCCAGUCGAGCGGCAACGACGGCCAACCGAAAAAUGCCUCUCGCUCUCGAAUACUAUCUUUUUUUCGGCUAGCUCUCGGUUUCUGGUAUAUUUGUUCAAUAUGCUCUAUAAAUAUGAUUCUCAAUUGAGCGCCAAGCAAAUGCAUUUUCCCAUUUCCCCGCUCAUACACCCGACUUUCCCCUGCACUUGGCGCACAAAAUGGGGCGUUUUAUGUAAGUCUAUAAAUUAAAACAUGAAACGUUUAUAAUCCCAUAUGACUGGUGGUUGUGGCAGCCUCAACUGCGGCGAUCCGCUUUCAUUUUGUUUUAAAAUAAAAUAUAAUAAAUAUUAUAUUAGAUAUAAUAAAUCAUGUACUUUCUGUUUCAAUGUGUUAAAAUCUAGAUUUUAUUUAAUAAUUUAUAUUUUCUUUAAAAUAUAUGCAAUUGAAAGUACA